CCGAACCGAACCGAUACCCGAAAUAGAUUUAGAAAUCCGCCGAUCGGUUCUUGUCUCUCUGCCGAAUUGAAACCGAUAACCGAAUUCCUCGGUUCGGUCGGUUCGGUUUAAUCGGUUAGAACCGUUAGCCCAGGCCUAGAAUCUGGUUUGUACGUAAAACAAAUCCACGUGAUUCAACCACUCCUCUAAGCCCAUUCUAUUUAAAACCGGACGUAUGAGGUUUUGAUAAGGCCCACUCACAGCCCAUUAUUGGUUCAACCUCGUUAUCCCCCCAAUCCAUCAAACCUUUUCUGAGUACAAGUUGUCAUGUCUAAUUUCAUUGGAAAAAGCAUCAGUUCCCGAUCUUGAAAAACUCGACCAAGACAUUGACCAUUAAAAAUAUUCUUCCUGUUGGACGGACCUUUUGGGCGCCAAUGCUGCCUUACAUGCGACUGAUGAUUUGUUGUGUCUCUUCUUAGUUUAGAAGUUUACUUCGUAUUACUAUUUGGUUUGGAGCUGCCACGUUUCUCGAUGAAUCGUGACACGUGUCUUGUAAGAUUUUUUCGGUUCCAGAAAAGGACGUUUCGGAUUCGCGUUUGCGUCUCGACACGUGGCGCUCCCAUCCCUUAUUUUUUUCCUUUGAUACCAACCAAAGACGUCAGUUAUACCCCCGAUUCUCUGUUGCGGCGUAUACGCAAUCACCAAUGGACACGCGUCCCACUAAAACCAAUCAUAUCUCGACACAUUUAGAGGCGGGGAGCUCCAUGGAUCUCUUAUUCUGGCAUAAAGCCACGUGUGUCACUCUCGAGCACCGGACCAACUGAUAUAAAUAGGUGAGAUCACGACGCGCGUGUUAGACCGCAAAAACUCAAUGCUUCUAGAGGGAAAAUUCUCCGUCGUCCAGAUGAACACGAAUAGACGGCUCAGAUUUAACCAACCGAGUCGAUUACCCAGCUCAGGUGAGUCAGGUAUAGAGAACGAGCAAGUCCUGGUUCUCGUCUUCGAGUCCAUUAGCUGGGACAUCCACACGCUAUGCACAAUUGCCUCCCUCAGCCGCAGAUUCUGCGCAAUCGCCAAACGAAUUCUGUGGCGGCGGCUCUGCGUGAACCGUGCGCCGGGGAUGGUGGCAGCAUUGUCCAGCUCAGAUCCCAGCGGCCGAAUCGACGGCGGAUGGCACGCGUUAGCGAAACUCAUGUUCUUCUGCGGCGGAGGUGAGUCGACUCGGUAUUUCAAUCUAAGUCAACCGUCGCCGGGUCACUUCGCCUGCGAGUCCAGAUUCUCCAAGACAUCCGGGAGAUUCUUCCUGCCGAAGAAUUGCCGCCGUGAUCUCCUAUACAUGAGCGAUCCGUGCGAGCAUCACGCGGUGGGUGGAGAUGAACAUUUAGGGGUUUUCAGAGGGGUAUUUCGGGAAUUUAUGAGGUCAAAGACGAGGGAGUGUCUCGUGAGAAGACAAGCGGCGCUGGAGGAGAAGGUUAGGUGUCCGUAUUGCGGAGGGCGCGUGUGGAGCAUGACGGCGGCGCGUCUCGUCCCGAAGAGUGCGGCGCGGCGGCUGGGAUCACGUGAAGGUGGAUUAGAGUUCUUCGUAUGCGUCAACGGUCACUUGCACGGCACUUGCUGGCUGAUUCCGCUUUCGUCGGAAGAAGAAGACGACGACAACAGUGACGGCAGUGUGAUCUAAUUCAAUGGUGGUGGCGAUGUCCACGUGGAAUUAGGUCUCUUGGGGCAUAUGCAAACCACAAGAGGAAAAUCUCAGUUAGAUUCAUUCUCCUAUGACAUGUGGAGCUCACUAGUUGCAGGAUGAUUAGACGAUCUUUACCGAUUUGUUUAGUUGUUUGGUAUGGUUUUAGAUUAUUUUGGUACACUACACAGUGAUCAGAUAAAUAGUUUAUUGUAUCUGAUUUUGUUUCUUGUAACUUUUUGACUGCGAAAUAAUGCUGGCCAUUAGUUUUGUUUUGUUAUAAAAAA